AUGAAGGUUUCCAAUCUCGUAGUAUUACUUUCCUUCGCCUUUGGAGUAUUGUCCGAGAUACCUGGAGGUAUCGACGAUAAAAUAGGACAGAAACGUGAAGAUUCGGGGAAGUCAGCCAGCUACCUUGUGAAGAGAGAACCAGACGGAAUUCCCAAGGCACCUGGAGAUUUUGUUGUAGUUGGUGCUAAGAGCGAAGCAGAAUUAAAGAAGAUUGUGCCCCCAAAAAAGGAUGAUCAAAAGGGCCAUGAACCCCAAGGUAUUCCCAGAGCUCCCUCUGAUAUUGUUCCAGCCGCAGAUAGUAUGGCAGCGGCUGCUAAGGCUGAACCACAGGGUAUUAACAAGGCACCCUCUGAUGUGAUAAAGAAGGCACCUGCUGCGGUUGUGAAGGCUGAACCACAAGGAAUUAAUAGGGCACCAUCUGAUGUGAUUGAGAAGGCGCCUGCUGCGGUUGUGAAGGCUGAACCACAGGGAAUUAAUAGGGCACCGUCUGAUGUGAUUGAGAAGGCGCCUGCUGCGGUUGUGAAGGCUGAACCACAGGGUAUUAACAAGGCUCCAUCUGAUGAUAUCCCGGUUGCGAAGAAUGCUGUCUCAGACGAAGCUCAAGGCGCUUUCAAAAAGGCUCCCGCAGAUGAAAAAGUCAAGGAAGCUGCUCCACCAGCACAGGAACAACCAAAGAAGGAUGCCGAGCCUGUAAAACCAGCUUCUGGUAAGAAACCAAUUAGUGAAGAAGACGACAUUGUACCCGACGAUGAAGACGAAUCGGUGACGAACGCUAAAGCAGCACUUGCUGAAGUGGAACUUCCACCUUCUUUGACAAUUGAGAAUUUCGAUAAAGUCGUCAGUGAAAGACUUUCAUUUGUUGAGUUUUAUUCGCCAUACUGCCAUCACUGUAAGAGCUUGGCUCCAAUUUGGGAGCAAACCUUUAAAGAGUUUCAUUAUGAGAUGAAGAAUCUUAACAUUCAAAUGAGACAGAUAAAUUGUGUUGAAAACGGUGAUCUUUGUGAGAGAGAAAGUGUAGGAUAUUACCCUAAUUUAAGAUUAUAUACCCCUAAGAGAGACCCAACUACGAAGGAAAUUAUUCCCGGCCAACAUAAGAAUGUUGCAACAUUCCCAAGAUCUAUAGUGAAAACACCUGAAAAUUUCAAGAAGUACUUGAAAAAUUCCGUGGCCGAGUAUGACGAAGGGUCGAUUGAUUUACCAUCUUCUUCAGAGUUAUUGAAUUCUGAUUCGAUGUUGAAAAUUAUGGCUGGAGAAAUUACUGAGCCAAUAUUUGUUUCAUUCUUUCCACAAUCUGAUGAAGGAUGGAAAAUCACCGAUGAAAGUUCCAAGAAUACUUUUAUUGGUAGAUGCGUUGAUUGUUUGGAUUAUAAACAGAUGUGGGAUAAACUUUCAAACCAAAUAUUGAGUACAGUCAAAACUGGUCAUUUCAAUUGUAUGAGUAAUGAGGACUUGUGUAUCAAAUUAGGGUUUCAAAAGUUGACCCAUUAUGAUAAUACUUGGGGAGUUAAUCCCAGAUUAGCUAUGUUCUUGCCUAAAGACACAGGUAUAAUCAGACUUGAUUAUCAAGAGGAUGUUGAUAUCGAAAGUAUAAAGCAAUGGACUGCGAAAUUGAGGGAAAAUUACAGAUUUGAAAAGAUCAAGAAUAGAGCUUUGCAAGAAAUACUAGAUGUUAAGAAUUCAUUACCAUUCCAACCAUUGAAUGCCUACUACCCAUUGGCCAAUAAGAUGGCUUUAGUUUUAGUCAAUGACGAAGAAUUGACCGACGAGGAUAGAGGCAUUUUACCAUACAUUUUAGAUUAUGUUACCGACCUGCCUUUCAAUAUUAACAUUUAUACUUCAACUGAUGCCAAACUUGACAACUAUAUUACGCAACAGUCCAAAAACAUAAUUGAAUUUAUUAAUUAUGAUCAAGAAGCAAAACCUUACGAAUAUAACCUCCCCAUGCAUUUGGCCACUACAUUAACAUCCAAACCUACUUUGUAUUUGUUCAAAGAAAACACUUUAGUUACUCCUAUAUACCAAAAUUUUGCAAUUGAAGAUAUGAGGAACGAUCUUAAAAUUAAGGAAUUCAUUGAAAAAAAUCAAUUCCCCUUAUAUCAAGAAUUAACCCCAGAGUUAUUGAGCACUUACUUCCCCAAAAGAUUUUCUGAUAAAAAAUCUAAGGGCUUCAUCAACAACGGGGUUGAUGACAAAGUUGUGAUUACUUUCAUUAAAAGUGAUGACGCUAGUCUUACAAAUUCUGCUUUGUAUAACAUAUCAUUGAUUGCCCAUGAAUAUCAUAUUUUAAAGAAAGAAUAUUAUUUUAUGGACUUAAUUAAUAAGAGACAAGACAAGAAGCAAAUAGUACAAUCAUUGUUGAAACUGGAUGCAUCCAGUGGGGAUGUUGUUACUGCCAUGAGGAAUGAGAUUCCUCACUUAUUUGCAGAUAAUGAAGUGUUAUUCACCUUUAUUGAUCUUGCAAAAUAUCCUGAGUUGGCCGCAAGAUCUGGUUGGGAUAUUACUGGUGCAAACUAUACAGUAGGUGAUACUAUUGUGGUCAGUAGGAAUGAUAAAUUCUACUGGAACAAAGAUAUCAGUGGUCAAGCUCAAUUGAGAAACGACCCAUCUAAGAUCAAGUCUGUCCUACAAUACUUAUUGGAUCCAAAAUUGGUGAAAGAGACCAAGGUUAAUGUGAAUUCCUUGUUGAUUGGAAGCCCAUACCAUAACUAUUUGAGGUUUAUGGAUAUAGUACAUGCACACGGAUUCUUUGGCUACUGUUUGUUUUCCAUUGUGAUUUAUGGGGCUUACGUGGGAGCUAAGAAAUUAAGAAGAAGGAGAAUUAUAAGGUUACCUAAGAGCGAGACUGGCCUAGGAAUAUUAGGCAAAAGAAUUGAUUAA